UUAAAUGGAUCAGUUGGACAGUCAAGACAAUGUACAGCAAUCACUUAAAAGAAAGGCUCAUCACUUGGUUGAUGACAGCAAUCUUGAAGUGUUUCCAUCAAAACAAUUGCUAACCGAUGAUAAUGAAGACAUAUUUUUGGACAAUGAAGAUGAUGUCGAUGAAGAUGUUGAAUCGCCAACUGACCCUUUUGUCACACAUUUCGAUACCAUUUUAGAUCCAAAAGAUGUCAAAGAAUUUAGCGAACAACCGAAGAAAGUGAUUAAAGAAGACGAUUGGAUGGAAAUGAAAAAAUUUAUUGAAAUCAAUAAUGAAAACCCGAAACUCAAUUCAAUAUCAUUGACUCGGAAACAAAAUUUAAAACAAUUUUGUUUGAAAAACACAUUAAUUGAAAACAUAAGCAAAGCUGUCAUUACUUCAGACACAAAUCAAACAACGAAUGGAUUGAAUUCAUUUCAAUACGAGUUGUUCUCUAUUGUCAGUCAAUAUAAGGACUUAUUGUUUACAGAAAGAAAUGGACAAAAUGCAGAACAGAUUCGUCUCAUAUAUUGUAUUCACGCACUAAAUCAUGUCCUCAAAACCCGUUCCCGAAUACUAAACCAUAACAGCAAAAUUGUCAGACAUGUGUCCACUGAUGAUGAAUAUCGAGAUCAAGGCUUAACUCGAACUAAAGUUUUAAUAUUAGUGCCGUUUAGAGAUAGUGUGUUAAGGAUUGUCCAAAUUCUUAUUAGUCUAAUGUUUGGUGAUAUCAAAGAUAAAGAUGAAAAGAAGUUCAACAUAAUGAAUGGCAAACGAUUUUUUGAAGAAUUUACUGUUGAAAACGAAAUGCCAAAACUUCAUAAAAAACCCGAAGAUUAUGAACAGAUAUUUACUGGAAAUAUUGAUGACUCGUUUCGUAUCGGUCUUUCAGUUACUAAAAAAAGUCUUAAACUAUAUUCAGAUUUUUAUUCGGCGGAUAUAAUUAUUGCUUCACCACUCGGUCUUCGAAUGAUAAUCGGUUCUGAAGGUGAUGCCGAACGAGAGUUUGAUUUUUUAAGUUCAAUUGAAAUGCUAGUUAUGGAUCAAACAGAUAUUUUUCUAAUGCAAAACUGGGAACACGUUCUUCAUAUUAUGAAACACUUGCAUUUGACUCCAGCAGAGAAUCGCGGGAUUGACUUCUCUCGAGUAAGAAUGUGGGCACUCGAAGGUUGGACUAAAUAUUACACACAAUUAGUUAUAGUAUCAUCGAUAACGGUUCCAAUGAUAACAUCUUUAUUUAAUAAACAUUCAAACAAUUAUUCGGGAAAAGUUAUGACCAAAAAUGAAAUCUUUUCAACAAAAGCUGCCGUCAGUAGUGUUAUCAUUCAAUGUCCGCAAGUAUUUCAUCGGUUUGACUGUAAAUCUAUGGUUUUGGCAUCAGACGAAAGGUUCAAGUUUUUUGUGACAACGAUUUUACCGAAAUUUAAAGACAAACUAAUGAAACGAACAAUGAUUUACAUUCAAUCAUAUUUUGAUUUCGUCCGAAUCAGAAAUUACUUUCGAAAAGAAGAGAUCAAUUUUACACAGAUAUGCGAGUAUACGGCUGACGGCAAAGUAGCCAAAUCCAGAAGUAUGUUCUUUAACGGCGGCCGACACUUCCUAUUAUAUACGGAACGCUUUCAUUUCUAUCGACGAUAUAAAAUCAAAGGCAUCCGACACCUCAUCUUCUAUGAGUUACCCAAUUAUCCAAACUUUUACAGUGAACUCAUCAACUUUAUGCACCUAUCAAUGCAGGGAAAGAAAUUUGUCGGCGAUUACAGUUCAAUGUCCUGUACGGCCAUAUAUAACAAGUUUGAUGCCUUGCAGUUAACCGCUAUUGUUGGCCAUAAAAAGGCCACUCAAAUGCUUCAAUCGUCCACUUCUGUACACAUGUUUGUCACUGAAAAUUAAGUUUAUAUUACAUUAUGCUGUAGUGUAUAUAUAU